AUGACCGACUAUCGUCCUGAAAACGGCGAUAUCAUUGAGGAUAACGAUGACUUCAAGCCAUCGCCUCGUGAAGCGUUCCAUACCGAGCCCCAGUUGUGCGACUACAUGCUGCGCAAAAUUCAUUCCUCAGUCCCUCUCAUGAUUAAAUCCUCUCUGAUAUCAAUGGGCUCGGGCCUAUUUACAACUCAGGACAUCGAGGAGGGCCAGGAGAUUUAUCGCUCAAUACCAUUUAUGACUGCUGUCGACUAUGACCGGAACCUGGACUAUCUGUGCUACCACUGUCUCAAGGAGACAGAGUAUGUCCCAGCUAUUCAAAAUGCAACCGGCGGGAAGGCCAGCCUGGUGUGGCUUUGGAAGAUUGUGCCGGCACUUCGAAUCAACUGCGUCAGGAUUCGCACUGCAGGAGAUCAUCGCAGCGUCGGCUCUGCCUUCGAUUUAGAGCUUAAAGUCCGGUCGCUGAAAAGGAUUUCGGCGGGAGAAGAGAUAACAAUUUGUUACGUUGACCCGACUCUCGGUGUAGCCUCUCGCCAGCAUCUCCUGGAGCAAGAAUAUCACAUUAAAUGUUCAUGCCGGCGCUGCAAAUCUGAAGCUAAGGAUCAUGAGGCAUUGAUCGCACAAGCUGGCAACAUGGACGCUGUUCUGCAGACGGAAACCAAUAUCCUCGCACUAAUCCGCGAAGCUGUUCUCCUCAACCAAGCCCCUGACAAUGCUGUUUUCAGUCCCCACAACGAACCAGUCGAAAGUCGUCUUAAUUAUGUCCUCGGUAAGGCCCCCUCUUGGCCUGAAUUCAUGGAUCCGCUACCAGCAGCCCGAAUGGCUCUGGGAAUACUUUAUCGACAGAAAGGAAAGUAUCGGCAGGCAGCAGUGAACAUUCUCAAGGGCCAGCUGGUCCGGCGCUGUCGUGACGGGCCAGAAUGGGUCAAUGACCUCUUUGAUACUUGCAUCAUGCUAAUUCAGCUGGGCAACUUACCCCCUGACUCAGGGGUUCUCAAGUCAAACGGGAAGGAAAUGGCUACAAUUAUGGAUGCCCGGACCGUCGCCUAUGGCUAUCUUUACGUCCUCUUUAAGGCCGUGUCUAAGGUCUUUGGAAGCGGGACGCUUUACACAAAAAUGGUGUUUGACAUGUUUGGAUCCGUUCUGACACAGAAGCCGGGGAAUUGUCCGGGGAGUGAGGAGUUUGCGAAGGAAUUUGAGGAGGCUCAGGCUAAGUUACUGGCGUGGGCCGGCAUUCCAAUCCAGUAUGCGCUGGACCUGCCUCAGUGA